CGUCAUUGAAGCCACGUCACUGAAAGCUUGGAGGAAUUGCUAUGACGCAUGCGCACAAUGUUUUGACUUCGCAGGCGGUAUUCGAACGUAAAUUUGGAUUGCAAGACAAGGACAUGUUCACGAAGUCAUCGUACAAGUAAUUACAUUUUGCGACAGAGAAAUAGUAGGGAUUCAUUCAGCCAAUCAGUCGCAAAGUGAUAACGACUGAUCCUGAAUUGAGUAGAUCAGGUCGAGUGUUUACCGUCCGUAUUUACUAUUACUACGACUCAUGCUGUAACGUUGAAUAUUACUAAGCUUGAGUUUUGCUGUCGAGACGUCAGUAUUCCAGUGCACGCGUUACGAUACGGUAUUCUGUUCGAGUAUCCAUGUCACGUAUAUCACGAGUGUUGAUCCACGACUAACCUCUAAUACGGUGUAUAAUAUCCCGUAAAAGAAAAAAAAAAAGAAAAAGAAAAGAAAAAAAAUGGAUAAAAGCAGGUUAGGAUACCGUGAAGAUGUUAGUAGUCAUUCCAAGAAGAGCAAGAAACGAUCCAAUAAGAAAAACAAUGUACUUGGCUCGUGGAUGAAUAAUAUGCAGAAUAAUCAAAAUAACGAUACGAUACCCGGUAUGGAAUAUCCACACUUAUUGUGGCAGUCCAACAUGCCACAGAACUUUCAGAACAAUGGACAACGUCUCUUUACAACGACGUCUGAUCCUAGCAUGUGUGGUUAUACACAAAUGCCCAUGACAUAUACCAUGGAACCUGUUUCACUGCCAACUAUGUAUAGAUUAUAUCAGCCAGUGCCAGUUCCUGGUAUUAGGACUGUUCAUAGUAGACCUCGACGACAAUGUGAUCAAAAUCAACCAAUGAAUUUGAGUAUGAAUUCAAUGGCAAAUGGUUAUACGAGUUUACAAGAAAACGGUGGUGAAUCUCCUGUCUCUACUAAUUGUCAGAAUGGAGAUUAUACAAGUUUACCACCCACUGCUAACAAGAACAGUGGAAUAAAUGGGGACGAGAUAAAUUCAGAGCAUCGAAGGUAUUCAGAUCCUGGUCUUGGGUCUGCAGAAGCUGCAGUUCAUAGCCAAAGUGAAGACUCUGAUAGUGUUGACAGUGGCAGCUCCAUUACUACAAUUGGACGUAGCAAUAAGUUAGUUCUAUCCCUUAUUGAACAGAUGACAGAAUUGAAAAAAAGCAAUAGUCAGUUGUUCAAGGAGUUGAAUGAAACAAAGUCUGAAAUAGGUAGCAUGAAGGCAAAGCUAGCAGUGUGUAGUUCUUCAGAUUAUCAACCAGGAAUGUUAUCAGAUUUCAUUCGCGAAAUCAGACAAGCCAAUAAAACCUACGAAGAGGUACUGGUUUCAAAAGUAAAAUCCAUGAUUGAGGAAAAACUAAACCAAAGAUCAUUGGAAGUAGCAAAUUUAAACAAUCAAAUAAUGAAAUUAAGGGAGGAGAAAGAAGAAAGCGACAGGCGAAUAGCAAAAUUGGAGGAAGAGGUAGCCACGUUAAAGCUGAACGCAAACAACGAAGGCCGCGAGAUCGCCGCGUUCGAGGAAGAAACUCUGGCGCUGAGACGGGAGCUGCAGGAGGCCCGGGCGUCCAAGUGCCUGGCCGAGGCGAAUCACGUGGCAAAGUGCGUAAACGCAGCAUCGGUCACGCCUGUCGCUACUUUCGAUACUACGCAAUCCUACGUAACCAGCACCCCCGUGCGUACCGCUCUAUCCGACACCUGUAGCCUGAUCCCUGCACCACCGUCAUCGACAUCGUCGUUCUCCUCGAUGGUCCCACAACACUUCACCUCGUCACUAUGUUCCCGAACCGCGGAUCUGGCACAGCAUCUCGUCGCUGACAAGACGAACGUUUACCGAGCCGACGAUUCUAGUAGCCCAACCACGUCCAUCAAUGCUUCCUGGUCCCUGGACGAUCAGGCUCUGGUGACCAGCAGUAGCAACCAGUCGCCAGUAAUCGCCACCAAUAACACCAGCUCGGAAUCACGACAUCAGGAUGUCAGUCUGGAGGAGAGUUCUAACAUCUCUGGCAUCGAACUGACGCUGGAGACCAGGAGUUCCGAUCAACACGAGGACGAGAACUCUGUUUUCGACGAUCAGAACCUGCUGGACGAGCUGAAUCUCAGCUCGAAGAAGAUAGUGUCGCUCACGGAAGAGAGUGUCGCGCUAGACGACGAUUUGAAAACGGAAGAUUCCACUGUGACGAAGAGCCCGGAGACGACGUCGAGCGUGCAAGAGAAAAGAACAAGGGAGUCGAAGAAGGAGCUGGAACUGUCGCGUGGUGGUCAUCAUCAUCAGAGAGUAGGGUCGAAGAAGUCGAGGAAGAAGAAGGGUAGCUCUCUGCCCAAGAGAUCGUUCAGCGAAACGGACAAGGGUGGAGCAACAACAACGGGAGAGAGGAACGAGAUCGGGACGAAAGACGUGCGAAGAACGGUGAGCGAGGACGAGGAUCGGAAUCGUCUGAACGACGACGUCGACGACGAAACGAGCCGAGCCAUCACCGAGAUCCCGGAAGUGACCGUUGUCGGUGGUGGCUCCUUCGUGCCGAAAGAUCUCUGCUCGACGGGAAUCCUGACCUCCAGAGUCCUGACAGCACCUUCACGCGCCACCUACACCACCGCCUACAUUUAGGCUACGUACGCGCGGGGCCCCUGCGAAGCAAACGCGAGCCGACGGUCAUCGUUGAGCGACGGGGGGCUUCAAGGGGCUUGCUAGAGGCUACUACUAUGUACAUGUCGAAUAGCACGUAGGUCUAUCGUUGUUCCACUCCUUUUCUGUCUGCCUGUUUUUCUUGUCUGUACAGAGACUGUUUCUUCUGUGUUUCUUCCUUUCUCCCUUCUCACGGACGUGUCUCGCGCGAUUCCGUCGGGCUCGAGGAGCGAGCUUUCGCUUGGUUCGUCUUCAUUAGGGAUUAGGAUUAGACAUUUUGAAUAUACAGAUGAAAGUGAUAAAACAGAAGUGAAUAAUUGUGAAUAGUUGUACGGAAUUCUAGAGACAUUUCUCUUAACGUGGAAUAUUAUUAUUUCACGAAAACAAUUGGGCUAAUAUUACUAGCUUAAGAAUAUCUUUAACACGGAAUAUUAUUUUAAGAAUAUUCCCAAUGUAGAAUAUAAUGCAUGAACUUGGGAGUUUUCUUUAUAUAUGUACAUAUAAGCUAAUGAAGAUUAUUGGAAUAUUUUUAUAUCGUGUACAUACACUUAGGAAUAUUCUUGACAUGUUUAUAGAUGAAUUUUGUAAAAUAAUAGUAACAUCCAGUUUCGAAACUAAACAGAAGAUAUAUAGAGAUUUGUUUUAUUUUUUCUAAUCGAUAAUUGUUAUAGUGGACAUUAUUACAUCAUAUAACGCCAGUUUUAAUGUAAACAAGGUGAUGCUAGAAAUUAAACGUUGAAUGAUAGAAAUAGCGUGAACCAAGCUUAAGAUCGUACGGAAGUAUAUUUUUCCCCUCGAUGGUUUUUGUUCGAAGUACAAGAAGAGUUUGGGAGAAUUCCGUCUGUAUACGUAAAAUUAUUUAUCAACAAUUGUAUUCUCACGAUCUAUAUCUCCUGAACUCUUCUUUACUUACUUAUUGUACAAAUUCGACACCUUUGAAGUGGAAAUGAAAGAUACAGAAAUUUUGAUUGAGUAAAGUAGUGUUUUAAAAUAUACAAUUGAAGAAUUCAUGAAAAAGAAAGAAAUGUGGAAGAAAUAAUUUUUAGAAUUUACAGAUGCUUUCAGUUUCACUACGUAGCAAUUAAUUAUAUCAUAAGCGUGUGUACAUUUAAAUAGUGUAAAUUACGUACGCGUUGGCAUGGCUUUGCAGCUUGUGUGUGGCAUGCGUUCGAUUUUUCAAUUUGUUCAUUAUUUAGUAUUCGGUGUAUAUUGUUUCUCAAGUCUGUAUUAUAUUUUUAGUUUAAUUCUCCUCAAGCUAUAUUCAACUCGUUCAAUUUUUAUCCAAUGUAGACAAAUAAUUUUUAAAUUAACUUAGAUGUCCUCAACAUUAUACACAAAACUGUUAUUUAAAGUGUUUUUUUGUUUUCUAACUGAUUUUCUUCACUGUUCAAAUAUCAUAAAGUUUAAGAGUCUUUUACUGUAUCUAACCAGUAAACAGAUUUUUCUUUACACUACUAUUACGUUUUCAAAUAAAUACGCUUUUUUUUUAAGCCAUAAGUUCGAUACAACUGACUCCGCUAUAUCUUUCAGUUAUUUUUUAUUUAAUCGCAUUUUUCUAUCGUUAAUUAAACUGAAGGAUCCAUGAU